AUGGCGCCGUUGGCUUGGUUCUGGCGGCGGGCUUUGACGGCGCUCGGCCAACCGGCGCCGUUCGGCGCGGCGAUCCGGGCCUUCUACGUCAGCCAGCUCGGCAAGUACGUGCCGGGGAAGGCGUCGGUCGUGCUCAUUCGCACCGAGCGACUGCUGACCUCGACGCGCGCGAGCGAAGUGGGCGGCGGAUCGGCCCGUGUCGUUGCGGCGAGCGUCUUCUAUGAGACGUUGACCCACAUGGCGGUCGGCGCGCUGCUCGCGGCGGCCCUCACGGCUUUGGUGGCCCAAGGCGAGUUGGCGACGCGACUCGGUUGGAUCGGUUUGUCGGUCGCCUUGGCUGCGGUCUGCCUGACGCCCACUCUGCCACCGGUCUUCGGCUGGUUGCUCGCUAAGGUCGGCCCGGCGCGGCCUGACGCCGCUGACGGGCUCACCACCAAGCUGACCUACGGCCUGUCGGGGCAAGGCACGUUGGCGUCGGCUGUUGGCUGGUUGCUGGGUGGGGUCAGCGUCUGGCUGGCGGCUGUCUCGGUCGGGGCCGCCGAUUGGGCGGGCCUUGGCCGGCUGCCGCUAUGGGUGCUUGCCGCCGCGUUGCCGGUGGUAGCGGGCUUCGUCUCGCUGCUGCCCGCGGGCGUCCUGGUUAGGGAGGGACUGACGCUCGGGUUGCUCGCUCCGGUGCUGGGCGAGGGCCCGGCCUUGGCGACAACGCUGGCCGUUCGCGUGAUCUGGGUUGUCUCUGAGCACGUCCGACCCAACGGCGUUCGCCGAUUCAUGAGUGUCCUCCCGCACAACGCCGACCAAGCCGUCUCGGUGGUGGUGCCGGUGAUGAACGAGGAGGCGUCGCUCCGGGAGCUGCACCGUCAGCUCACCGCAGUCGCCGACUCCGAAGGGUACGACUUGCAGGUCAUCUUCGUCGACGAUGGCUCGACGGAUGCGACGUGGCGGAUCAUCCAGCAGCUCGCCGACGCCGACGCGGCCGUGCAGGGAAUCCGCUUCCGGCGCAACUUCGGUAAGGCGGCCGCCCUGAGAGCGGGCUUCGCCACGGCGACGGCUCCGAUCGUCGUCACGAUGGACGGCGACCUCCAGGACGACCCCGCCGAGGUCCCGAAGCUCUUGGCGCGGCUCGACCCCGACUCGCCCGACGGCGGGUACGACGUUGCCAGCGGGUGGAAGCGGCUCCGCAAGGACCCGUGGCACAAGCGCUGGCCGUCGCUCGUGUUCAACGCGAUGGUGAGUCGCCUGACGAAGGUUAAGCUGCACGACCACAACUGCGGCCUGAAGGCCUACCGGCGCGAGGCGCUCGAAGAAGUGCAGCUCUACGGCGAACUCCACCGCUUCGUGCCGGUGCUCUGCGCCGCGCAGGGUUACCGAGCGACCGAGGUCGAGGUGAACCACCGCGCCCGCGAGCACGGUCACUCGAAGUACGGCGUGACGCGGAUCCUCAAAGGCCUGCUGGACCUGAUCACGGUCAAGUUCCUCACGGGCUACGGCGAACGACCGCAGCACGUGCUCGGCGGGGUUGGCCUGCUCGGCUUCGGCGCGGGGGGCGUCGGGUUGGUUUACCUCGCGGUGCGAUGGGUCGUCUCGCGAACCGUGCCCGGUUUCGAGCCAUUGCACCUGCACGACACCGCGGCGCUGUACUACUCGCUCGCGCUCUGCUUGGUCGGGUCGCAGUUCCUUUCGGUCGGGCUCUUGGGCGCGAUGAUCACUGCGUUCUUGUCGCAAGAUCGGCCCCACUACUCGAUUGCCGAACGCCGCCCUCGAAGCGUCGUGAUGGGCGUCGACGAACGGGGAUCGACGGCUCGCACCGGCGUCGGAACGCUCGACCCGCGCGCCCGCUGGAUCGUCUACGCGACGCUGAUCGCCGCCGCGGUGGGGCAAGCCGCCGGCAAGAUCAUGGCGGUCGACUCGGUCGACUACCGCCGUCUCGAGCAGAGCCGCGUCAGCCAGGCCCUCGACCGUGAACGGCAACGUUUGGUCGCGGAGGGCGUUGAAGGCGAAGAACUCAGGACAAAGCUGGCCGAUCGCAAGGAAGAACUGAAAGGCGAAUUGCGGCUCAGGCGGCCCUUCCUCAGCGCCAACGAUCGGAGCCGUUGGAUGGCGAUCCGAGCGAUCGCCGAAACGGGCGAGCCCUACAUCGACCCGUUCCUGGAGGAGCCGACCUGGGACACGAUCGACAUGGUGCAGCACCGUGGCCGUGACGGGGAGCUGCAUCUCUAUUCGAGCAAGCCGCCGCUGCUGAUCACGCUGCUCGCAGGGCCCUAUUGGGUGUUGACGGAGGUCACCGGGACGACGCUUGGCGAGUCGCCCUACCUGCUCGGUCGUUUGAUACUGCUGCCGCUCAACUGCGGCGCGCUCGCGCUCUUGCUGUUCAGCAGUGCGCGGCUGAUCGAGCGAUUUGGCGUCGGCGACGUCGACCGGCUCUUCGCGAUGACGGUCGCCGCGUUCGGAACCCAGCUCUCGGCCUUUACGCCGGUGCUCAACAACCACCUGAUCGCCGCGGCGUUCAGCGCGCUCGCGUGCGAUCUGUGGGUGCGGCUGCUCGACUCGGACGAGCCGUUGCCGAACCUCUCGGCGCUCGCGGGGCUGGCGGCGGGUUUCGCGGCAGCCAACGAGUUGCCGGCUCUCGCCCUGACCGCUUGCAUCGGCCUCACGCUGCUCAUUAAGCGUCCAAGCGAAACGCUCAAGCGCUUCGGCGCCGGAGUCGCGUUGGUGGGCAUCGCGUUCUUCGCGACGAAUUACUGGGCCCACGAGAGCGUCCGCCCGCCCUACGCCCACCGCAGCGCGACCGAUCCGGACGACAACUGGUACGACUACGAGUACACGGCCAAGGGCGUCACCCGUGACAGCUACUGGCGAGACCGCCGGGGCAUCGACCGCGGCGAGCCCUCCAAGGCGGUUUACGCCUUCCACGCGCUGGUGGGCCAUCACGGCGUGCUCUCGCUGACGCCGGUCUGGCUGCUGAGUCUCGUCGGUGGCGCCAUGCUGCUCGCGUCCCGCGAUCCGACGCAGCGCCGUUUCGCGUGGGCCGCCUUGGCGGUCACCGCGGCGUGCCUCGUCUUCUACCUAGGGUUGAGGCCCCAGAGCGAUCGGAACUACGGCGGCUCGACCAGCGGCUUCCGAUGGCUUUUCUGGCUGGCGCCGGUGUGGAUCGCAUCGAUCCCCGUGGCCGUCGCCAAGCUCCAGCGAAGUCGGAUCGGGAUGGCGAUCGCCGUGACGUUGCUGGCGCUAUCGGUCCUUUCGGCCAGCUACCCGACGUGGAACCCGUGGACGCACCCGUGGCUCCACGAGCUGAUGGAGAAGGCCGGUUUCGACGUGCUGGGUUGA